UGUGGAGGUGGUAUCGGAUGUUGGCUGUCAUUGCGGGUCUUAUUAAAUGUUAAUUUUCUUCAAUGCGAAAACUCCUUACGAAGUGAACGUGUGCCGUUAAGUGCUUAAUUUUCUUUAAUUAUGAAUUUUAGUGCUUCAGAAGCAUUAAGUAAUCCAGAUAAUUCAGAGAGUAAUUUAGAAGAGAUGCUUGCCGUGUUAAAAAGAAAUAAUAUGGAGGAGUUUAUGUUAAAUAGUAAACGUUCAGCUAUGAGUGCGUCUUUCGCCGACUGUUUUAAGGUGUCUCUGGGCACAGGGCCUCUGUGGUGGUCCGAUGUCCCUAACAAGGAAAACGAAGGUCCACCACCACUAAGGCUUACUUUUAAAACAGCUCGUCAACCCUGGGAUGCAGUCUUGCUUAAACAAACUUUAUUUGUCGCACUACCUCCCACGAUGCUUCCUGAAGGAUCAAGAGAGGCUUUUAUUGCACUUUUAGAAGCGGCCGAAGAACAGUUAAAAUGUAGACAUGUGGUUGUGGUUUUUGAAAAAGAUCGCCCAGAUCGAUCCACUUUAAUUCGCACAUUCAUGUUUCUUGGAUUCGCUAUCUUAUCACCGACUUCGCAAAUUUUGCCAUCCUCUCUUGGAGCUCAAAAUAUAUGUAUGCUGUAUCUCAUAGAGUAGUUAACAUCCAGACCGGUUCUCAUACCUGUUACAAUACUAGUAUAUUACUUAAUUUAAUUAAUAGAAUUACUUCUUUUAUUAGAGAUCAUUGUUUAUAUUUAGGUGUGUUGACUAAAAUACUAUAAGAAAUAUAUUUUCUAUAAAGUGUAAUUAGUUAGAUAGACGGGAGGUAGAGGUAUGUUUUAAGUACUAUAUAACAAUCAUUUAUUGUAAAAGUACAAAUUCAAAUGUGCAUAAGCUCAUCGUUUUUUUGUAUGUUACUGUAUGCUUUAGAUAUAGGUAGUGUUUGUAGUAUGUUUUGUUGAACAGGUAUGAGCUAAUAUUAUCUAAGUAAGCCUUGGUGUCAUUUUAAGGUCCUAGUAAGUAUAUACAUAAUAAAUGUUAAAAAAAACAAAAAAAUAUUAGAAUAUAGGAACACUUAACAAUUUUCAGUCUUGAUUUGUAUAAUUCCCUUUCACUUUAUAUGACUUCACAUGCUUCAUUUUUAGAAUGUAUCAUCAUUUGUAUUAACACACUAUGAUUUUUUGUAGUAAUAAAUAGUUUUGUUUGAA